AUGGACCAGCUAGCAACUACGGUAAGUCGGUUGGAGGCACAGAGUUCUGGCAAAUUACCCUCUCAAACGGUGGUCAAUCCAAGAGAAAAUGCAAGUGCAAUUGUUUUGAGAAGUGGUAAGGAAAUUGAAGGUCCUGCAAAUGUUACCCCAUCAAUAGACCAAGAAAAAGAGGAAACUAGCAACAACGAAAAUUCUCAAGGUGAAGAUCCUCAUAAACACAUAAAAGAAUUUCAUGUGGUAUGUUCAAGUAUGAAACCCACGGGGGUUACUGAAGAACAAAUCAAGUUGAGAGCCUUUCCUUUUUCUUUGAAGGAUUCAGCAAAGGAUUGGCUAUAUUAUCUACCUUUCGGGAGCAUCGCCACAUGGAACGACUUGAAGACGGUGUUCCUUGAAAAAUACUUUCCAGCUUCAAGGGCGGCCAACAUCAGAAAGGAAAUUUGUGGUAUAAGGCAACACAAUGGAGAGUCACUUUAUGAAUAUUGGGAGCGUUUCAAAAAGCUGUGUGCGAGCUGCCCUCAUCACCAAAUCACUAAACAAUUACUUAUUCAAUACUUCUAUGAAGAACUCUUUCCGACUGAUAGAAGCAUGAUUGAUGCUGCAAGUGGAGGUGCAUUAGUUGAUAAGACACCGAAUGCUGCAAAGAAUCUAAUUGCAAACAUGGCAACAAAUUCUCAACAGUUUGGCAAUAGACUUGUCCAACCAUCCAAGCAAAUAAAUGAGGUAAAUAUUUCCAAUCUUGAACAACAAGUGGCUAGUUUAACUACUCUUGUUCGUCAAUUAGCUGUAGGAAAUAUGCAAACUGUGAAAGCUUGUGGAAUUUGCUCGGUAGUUGGACACCAAACUGAUGCUUGCUCGACUCUUCAAGAAGAACCUAUUGAACAUGUCAAUGCGGCUGGAGGUUUUCCUGGACAACCUCAAGGUAAGUAUGAUCCAUUUUCUAAUUCAUAUAAUCCUGGUUGGAGGGAUCACCCGAACCUUAGCUAUGGGAACUCACAAGGGAACCAGAUUGUUCAGAAUCGUUCCAAUUUUCAGCAGUAUAGACAACCAUUUCCUUCAAGACAACCACCAGCCCAAAGCUCUAACUCAGGUAUGAAUCUUGAAGACAUUGUUAAGUCUCUUGCCACUAACACUUUACAAUUUCAGCAAGAAACACAGCUAUUUCAACAAGAAACAAAGUCCAAUUUUCAAGAAACGAAAGCUAGCAUCCAAAACUUAUAA